AUCUAGUAAGCCGGCUUUGUAAGUGCCGCACUUUCCUGAAUUGCCUGCAAUUCCAUCCGUGAAAAACGUGAGUUCCGUGUAGUUUUCCUGUUCAGCCUGUCUCGUGUCCCCAGUCAGUUGGUCGAAAAUGUCUGAUCCGCGCCUUCGUCAGCUAACCAUCAAAACAGGUGUUGUGAAGCGAUUGUCGAAAGAAAAAGUUGUGUACGAAAAGGAAGUCGUUACUCAGCAGAACCGCAUCGACAAGCUGAAAGCGUCCGGUUCGGAUGAUCAUGUGCUGCGCAAGCAGGAGGAAGUGUUGCAGGAAUCUAUGAUGAUGAUUCCGGACUGCCAGAGACGUUUGGCCAAAGCUCACGAGGAACUUUCGGAAAUGAUAAAAAACGAAGAGGAACUCAAGGAAACAGAACAGUAUCAAGCAGCCGUGGUAGUGUUGGAUGAAGCCAAAGCGAAUCUACCACAAAAAAUUACGGCGUAAAAGGGAAACGAGGGAUUCCGGAUUUAGUUUUAAGGCCUCUUU